CAAAAUCAGCUGUUUUUAUACGUCAUUGAAACCAAAGCAAAUACCUGUGUAAAAUUUAAAAUUAUAAAAAUUAUAAAUUAAAAUGGUACAGUUAUUACAAAAUAUCGACUCUAAAGUAAGCGUGUCUCAAAGUGCAAUAGCUGGUGGUGUGUCUGGAGCUGUUACUAGAGCCAUAGCGCAGCCGUUGGACGUGCUGAAAAUAAGGUUUCAAUUACAACUUGAACCUAUAGAACGAGGAUCGAAGUAUAGCUCGUUACUGCAAGCAGUAGGAUCUAUUGUGAGAGAAGAGGGUGUAACUGCACUGUGGAGCGGCCAUAUACCUGCGCAAUUUUUGUCUGUAACCUUUGGAAUUAUUCAAUUUUCAACGUUCGAAAGGCUGACACAAACGUUGCAGCAAACCCAGCCCGAGUUUUACACAGUACAUAAACACUGGGUGAACUUUUGCAACGGUGCCGUCGCCGCCACAGUUGCUACGGUUUUAUCGUUUCCAUUUGACACUGUAAGGACUAGAUUAAUAGCAGAAAGAAAAACUUGCAAAGCAUACAGAGGUUUUCUCAAUGCAUUUACUCUUAUUGUUAAGGACGAGGGAGCUAGUGCGUUAUUUAAGGGUAUAACGCCAACUAUAACCCAAAUAGCACCACACGCUGGUAUACAAUUUGCUGUGUACAAAGUAUUUACACAGAACAUUUUAAAUAGAAUAGAAUUUUUUCAACGCAGUAGAAAUGUUGGUCAGGUUGUAGAAUCAUCUUUAAUAGCUAAUGUUUUAGCAGGUGGAUUUGCAGGUUUUGUAGCAAAAACGGCUAUAUAUCCUUUUGAUGUUAUUAAAAAGAGGUUACAGAUACAAGGUUUUCAAAAGCAUAGAAAGGAUUUUGGCAGACAGAUAUACUGUAAUGGAAUGAUGCAUUGUAUCAAAUUAACAAUAGUUGAGGAGGGUUUUUUGGCAUUGUACAAAGGGUAUGGACCCAGUAUAUUGAAAGCAGUAUUUGUGUCAGCAUUACAUUUUGCUGUGUAUGAUGAAAUUAAAUACUUAAUAUUACGAAUGCAAUAAGAUAAAAUUUUAUUGCAAUAACAUAUUUUUUCUUUUGCUUUUUUUAAUAAUUUCUUGUUUCAACAAACCUUGAAAAUAAUAAUUUAAGAAUGAACACAAAACUAAUUCUGAUGCUGCUGUGUUUCUGAAAAAAGGAUGAAAAAAAUUGAGUGAGAGACAACAGUGAGAUCUUUAAUUUAUUAUAAGUAUGUCUGACAUAGUAUUAUAAUUUAUAAUCAAAGAUGUUAUACCAUUUUAUUUGAGAAUCAAGUUAAAUGUAGUUCCUAUAUGCAUUUUUGUUUUAAGGGAAAAUGGAUCUUUAUUUUGUUUGUAUUAUUUUGAUAGAUUAGCAACACAUCUGUGAUACCCACUAUGCUUAUGUAGAUAUAGCUUAUUAGGUCUGCCAUACCCUGUAGACUAAUAAAAUUUUAAUAAAUUAUCAAAAUUUUUACAA